GAGGGAGCCCAUGGGGUCCAAGGAGCUGUGAGCGGAGCCGAGCUGCUGCGCGUCAUUCCCAGCUCUUAGUCCUGUGGCCUCCAGAUGAGGGAGGGCUCCCAGAGCUGCUGCUCGUCCCUUUCCUCCCAGCAGGCACCCUCUGGUCCGCCGGAUAAACGUCCCGGCACUGCCUGGCCUUACCACGGCCCGGCUGCCUGCUGCAGGCACCUCAUCCCCUCCGGUCCGUCCCACGGGUGCACAGGCACACGCAGCCGGGGAGAUGCUUGCACUGGACUGUGAUUCUGGGGAGAGCGUGAGGACAGGGCUGAAAUCUGGGCGAGUCAGCAAUGAGGACUAUGCUGUGAGACAGGAGCUGCAGCGGGCUGUCACGAAUCGGGGUCUCCAUGAGGCUGCUGUUGUUUCUCUUUGGAGGAGCCGUAGCCCUCCGUGAAUGCAGUGAUCGAAUGCGGAGGGGUGUAGGAGAGUGGUGACCAACAGCUGUCCGUUGCCGCAUCAGAGGGGUUGUGCCACAAGGUCCUGAGACUUUCCGAUGAGCUAUUCUUGUUGCAUGAAGCCCAGGACUGGCAUUUCGCUGACGUCACUCCUAAAGUGCAGUUGCCUUUAUAACGUGUUACUUCAUUGCAGGCUUUUUUCGGAAGUGAAACCUAGACCCUUGUGUGGGUCUUCCUGGAUUUUCUAUAAUGGUGUCAGUUACUAUGGCUACAUCAGAAUGGAUUCAGUUUUUCAAGGAAGCUGGGAUUCCUCCAGGGCCUGCGGUCAACUAUGCUGUUAUGUUUGUAGAUAACAGAAUCCAGAAGAACAUGCUGAUGGACCUGAAUAAGGAGAUCAUGAACGAGCUGGGCAUCACGAUAGUGGGGGACAUCAUUGCUAUCCUCAAACACGCCAAAGUAGUUUACAGACAGGAGAUGUGCAAGGCAGCUACUGAAUCGAUAUGCCCCAGCCCGCCGAACAUGCAGGCUGAACUGCGCCGGAACGCCAGCAGCGCUGCUACCCGUAUGAUUGCUAACAGCUUGAGCAGAGAGUCACCACCUGCUACCCCUGUCCGAAGGCCUGAUACCAGCACAUCCAAAAUCUCUGUCACUGUAUCCAACAAACUUGCUGCAAAAAAUACAAAAGCAGGUUUGUGUGACACAGCGGAUGAGAGUCCAACGGUCCCAGUGAAGCGUCGCCGAGUCACAGCAGAAAUGGAGGGGAAGUACAUCAUCAACAUGCCAAAGGGCACCACUCCUAGGACUAAGAAAAUCCUGGAGCAGCAAGCAGCCAAAGGUGUCCAGAGGACAUCUGUGUUUGAUCGUCUGGGAGCGGAGACAAGAGCCGACACGACUACGGGAGGCAAGCCCACAGGGGUGUUCAGCCGACUGGGUGACACACUGGAGGUGGAUGGGGACAAAGCAGCGGAGAGUGACGAUGACUGCUCUGUCCUGCAGUAUGCUGGUGUCCUGAAGAAACUCUCCAAGCCCACGCACAAGGAAAGUGCCAAGCCAGGAGUGACCAUCAAAGCAAAAGCCACCAGCUCAGAGGCCAAACCAGCUGCCACUGCCAUCCGGCGGCUUGGCAACAGGAGUGCCACCAGUAUCCGCCUAGCAGCAAAAGAACGCAAGCUGGAGCCGGCAGCAUCCAAAGUCAGUGUCAUCCAGAGACUGGGCAAGGCCUCUUUGCCAGCUGAGGCCCAGGACAGCAGCAUCACCAGCACGAAGAGUAAAACGGAGCCUGAGUUCAGGGUCACUAUAAAGAGGACUUGGGGGAGCGCGAAGGUAAGCAGCACCAGCGAAACCCCUAGCGCUCAGAUGGACAAUACAGGGACUGUUAGCGUCUUUAAAAGACUGGGAAAGAAGGCAGACUGACACGUGGACAGGGUAUUGCAGGCUCCUCUCUCCAGUGGCUAGUGCUUCAACCACUCUGUGUUUUUUCACAUGUUGUUACCACUCUACGCACAUCCCGUGCCCUCCUGAUGGAUGUCCACUGUUACCCCGUUGUUCUCCUUUGUAGCAGAGGUCAGGGCUUCUUGUCCCAGUUUUGUUCUGAUCCUGGCUAAUCCCUUACCAUUAAAUGCAAAGGAAGAAAAGACCCUUCCUGCGAAUUUGGCUGUGCAAUGAGCUGGGGUUCUCGUGUCUGCCAGAUGUUCUCUGCCAGAACCAACCCCUCCCCAUCAGGCUAACGGUUCUCUUUGAUCCUCUGUGCCAGCAGUGGGUGCGAGGCCAAGUCAGGGCUCAGCAUGGCAGCUUGGGCUCUUGGAUAAGCAGACGGUUGCGAACUCCAGGGCUGUUGGUCUCAUACCCUCACCGGUUCACUGAAAGCGUUUUUUUUUCUAUCUUUCUGUUUUUUGUUUUUUUCCUCUGCAGGUUCUUUCCUGUAUCUAGGAAGUAGGACCUGGAGGACUCCGUAAAGAGAUAUUACGGAGUUGGGGCCUGAUGCUGGGACUCUUGAUUUUGAGGGUUUCAGAGCAGCCUCUAAAACCAAAACUGAAAGGCUUCAGAAAACUGCUCAGGCACUUGUUUGUUCAAAAUUCAAGAGCUGUCUUAAUCUAAGAGACACGUUAGGUUUCUUCACUGCUGCUACCCAUACUUCGGUGCUCACGUUUCUAGCACGUGCACUGGCUUGAUGUCACCUGCCUCUUCCCACUUGGAAACCUAAAAUCACCAUCCUUGGAUUUACAACUGUUACCAAAAUUGUUUCCCCCAAGCUUGUUGUAUGGAAACACAGCUGCAGCGACACUGAUCCUCGCCUUUGUCUGGGCAGUUCCCAGGUCUACCAGACAUGUACGAAAAACUGCAUAUCCUGGCUGCCUGGGUUUAUGGUCAAUUCCAGAAAUACUGUUUGGUGGAUGGAAGAGGAAAGGAGCAUUUUGUGUGGUCUUCCGUGAACCUUUUCUCUAACUGUUUAAAAUAACGCAAUGCUGUCCAACAUUAGCUUUCUACUGAGAGCAGCGGGAUCUAUUGUGUCCUGCAGGGGCCAGGUCUGAGAAAAGUGGAGUUUCUUACAGCAAAAGGCAUAAUUUCCCUCUUGAGAAGGGAAUUGAGCAGCGGUGAAUCUAGAAGUACUAAACUGGGGUACCGUGCCAGUGGUAUAUUCACACUGCGGUGUGAAUAUAAAAUGAGUGAAGGAUGGGCUUCUGUAUCUCAAAAUCAGCUGUUGCUGUUGCUUGAGGGGUGUGCAAAGAAGUGAGUGUGCUGGCAGGGACAUGGCAGGAGCGCUCACCAGGUCCCUAACAACGUGUCUGUGACAUUAAGGAAAGCCUCAGAGCUGUCGUGUUUGGGCUGUAAACCUCUCUGCUUGCACUGCAAACCAUCACUAAGAGAAUAGGUUGAGGUCCUCUGUGGCGUAAUGAUACGCACGCACAUCAUGUGUGCUGUGCACGCCUGCUCGACCUCCGCAGGGCCAGCCUCCAGGCAGAGCACCGGCCACGGGCUCCGAGGGGGCCGCGCGGGUCCGGCUGUGCUGGCGUUGACUUUUUUGCAUUUAGCCAGAUCUUCUUCUGCUCCUGUUCUGAAUGCUCCUUCUUUUCCCCCCCUCUCCAGAAGGCUUGUUUUCCCUAGUCUGUGAGUGUCAUCGCGCAAGGGGGACGGGACGGGCAGCACGGGGAGUGCUGUGCACGGAGGGUGCCCUCGAGAGCCGCAGAGUCGGUGCGCUCGGCUGUUGGUGUCCUCUUUGCUAAAGGGACUUUCCUCCGCCGACACAGGGAAAAUAAAAACAAGAACUAAAGGACCACUGAGCUGAUGAUCGCACGGCGUGGAGGUCUCAGCUAAGGUCUGCGUCUUCAGCGCACUCCUGUUCUGUGACUUUUAAGUGCUGUUAAGCACCAGGCUUGAAAACUGGCCUCCUGCAGCCUAUGGGCUCGGGAUAUGCCUUUUUUUUUCCUCCUUUUUCGAUCUCUCUUUGAGAUGCUCAGGUAAAAAAGCCUUUCUGCAGAAGGGGGCCCAGCACGAGCAGUUCUCAGUCACCUUUGCCGGGCUUCUCGGUCAUAAAGAUGAGGGUGGCUGCGUUGUGGGCAGAUCCUGGGGGCAGUUGGCUCUGCCAAGGCUGUUUGAGUCCGGGCUGUAACUGUGCGGUUUAAGGUCUCACUUUUUACUGUAGAAAAAAAAAACAAAACACUGGUUAUGUUCCCGGCUUUCUUAUUUUAUCAAUGUAUUUAUUAAGACAAAAAAUGAGGUUUAACGUCUUUGGGUGUAAGCCUCUUAAGUAGGUUGCUAGUUCUUGUUUGUUUUUGUUUGCUGUGGGUUUAUUGCAUCACCUUUAGCUUUUUGAUUUUUAUAACCCAGCUUCAUAUGACUGCCUGUUGGGACAUUUUUGUUUGAAGUGUGUCAACCUCCUUUGUAAAACAUCAUUGUUAAAGGUACUUAACACGGUUCCUAGGUUUUAAUAUUUGUUAAUUCACAAGUGCUUGAAUGUGUGUUGGUUAGAGGAAGAAAAACCUAAGAAAAAUGA